AUGGGCCGAGGGAAAUGUCGAGAUGCAUAUCUCGAGCAUGAAAAGAAGCAUGGAGAAUUGGGUCAUUUCACCACUCUGACGGACGUUCCGAAACCUAAGGAGUUCAUCAUACGCACAGACUUUGCGGAUGCGGAUGCGACUACGACUGCGGCCGAGGGCGACGAAUCUCUCACUGAAGAUGACACCAUCAGUGGUUUUGAAGCUGAUGACAGUCCAGGGAAAGGGGAAUUCCACUGGGUGUCGGGAAUUUUGACCCCCUUCCCUCUGUCACGGGCCGUUUUCGCCAUUGACACAAUCGGGGAACAGCAGCGCUCCUUGUCGGAAAGAAAUAAUAAGCUACUUGGUGAAUAUCCAGGUUUCUCGAUUCGUUCCCUUGCUCAUCUGGGCCUCAACUGCAUCGGGCCUUGCCGAGUUGUCGACAACAUAAUCAGCAGACUUUGCCCAUCGUCCGCGACCUUGAGCUUUGAGACCACUGCUCUUCGCCGCGGUGAAGGCGGACCGUACAUGCGGACCAGAUGCAUCUCGUGUCAAACUGAAUUUGACCUGAGUAACGCGCUUGAGAAGUAUGACCUCAAAUCAAGUAGCCAUGAUCAGAUAUGUGAGAACAAACGGUGCACCAAGCCUGGCUUCGGCGGCUCAAGAUUUUGCAAAGAUCACCUCUCUGCACUGCAUGGCGCGACCCAAACCCUCGUGAAACAGACCUCCCGCAACUUCAAAAACUACGAGAGCAUGUCUCUCCGUUUUUGCAAGUCAAGUGGUCCGACGAACCUGCCAUGGGGAAAGUCCUUGCACUCAUGGACUCCAUUGGGGCCGGGGAAGUCGCCUGUCUCAGCGCUCAGGUUCGUCGAUCUCGAGUAUAAUAUUUUCACAGGGAGAGUAUUCGAAAUUGGCAUGUACGAUGCUUAUGGAACUAAGACGAUGGAUUGCCGGACCUUGUAUGGAUCCAAAGCCCUCCGAGCAAUCAUUCAAAAAAGCUCCACUGCUGAUUGCAACAUGGAUCGCAUGAUGAUGAAGUCGGUUCAAGCACAUCAUUCUACUCAGGGCUCAAAGACUGCAAAGCAGAUUGCAGACGAACUAAGGCGGCAGGGCAUCUCGCAAGAGACUUAUUUCAUAGUCUGGCACUUCCACACAGAUGACCUGUCAUGA